UGUACUAGUUUUGUGUGUGGUAGCCAUUUUAAUUUUUGGCGUCGAAAAAACUACGGCGAGCGAAGUUCGCAUAUCCUGUAGUUUUGUUUUUUGCAUUUAACGCAAGUCAGUUAGGUCGUGCAGGCAGCAGCAGUAGCUAAACUCGUGUGUGUGAAACGUGUGGUUAAGAUAGAGAGAGAGAGAGUUGUACACAGAUCGAAUCAACUCAAGUACAGUACAAUGUCGAUGUCUGCCACGUGCUACAAGUGCAACCGGCCGGGCCACUUUGCCCGGGACUGCAGUCUCGGCGGUGGACCAGGAGGCGGUGGACCCGGUGGUGGCGGCAUGCGGGAUGGUGGCGGUGGCGGCGGCAUGCGUCGCAAUCGUGAAAAGUGCUACAAAUGCAAUCAAUUUGGGCACUUUGCACGCGCCUGCCCCGAGGAGGCGGAGCGUUGCUAUCGCUGCAACGGCGUUGGCCACAUCUCCAAGGACUGCACCCAAGCCGACAAUCCGUCGUGCUACAGGUGCAACAAGCCCGGACAUUGGGUGCGCAACUGCCCCGAGGCGGUCAACGAGCGCGGAUCGGGCAACGAGCGCGGUGGUGGCGGCGGCGGCGGCGGUGGACAGGCGAAUGUCUCCUGCUACAAGUGCAACCGCACCGGACACAUCUCGAAGAACUGCCCGGAGACGUCAAAGACUUGCUACGGCUGCGGCAAGAGCGGACAUCUGAGACGCGAAUGCGACGAGAAGGGAGGACGCAACUAGGAGAGAGCUCUCUGAGAAGUUAGCGCUCUCGCUGAGAAAUCAACGAAAAUGUUUUGUCAAAUAAAAAGAAAUGAAAAGAAAAGAAAAAAUUAAUGAAAAAAAUCAAUUGCCAGCCAACAACAACUACAACAACAGCAAGAACAGCAAAAAGCAAACAAUAAGAAGCAGAAGCGACCAAUCAGUAAAACCAAGUCAAGAUCAACAGACACACGCACACACACAAGAAAAACAACCCCAAACACACUCACGCACACACACACAGAUACAUACUCGUACACAUGCAUACAUGCCUACACCUACACCUACAUAUAUUUAACCAUCAUCUAAGCAGCUCAUCUCUAAUUCCAAAAGCUCUGAGCCUGCUGUCGACAAAGAGAAGAUGAACACGAUGAGGAAGAGCAAGGAGAAAGCACGAUGAACAGCAGACCGAGGGAAUUAACAAGAAGAAGAACUAUAAAGCUGCCGGCGCUGUGCAGAUGGGGAGCAGUAAAAGAGACAGACAAACGUCGCGUCGUUGUAUUUAGUAGCUACUACAACAACAAUAGCAGAGGCAACAAAAAUAGCAACAACUAUAUUAUGAUUAUGCUGCAAACGUGUUUGAAUUUACUAAUUACAAUUAUAACGAAUGGAAACAAAAACUAUAUAAGAAUAUAUAAUUUACCUUAAAUAACAAGAAAAUUGAUAUAAAAAAAAAACAAAAAAAAAAAUAAAUAUAUAUAUAUAAAUAUGUAUUACAAAGUAUCCUAUUAGGAGUUCCAACACGCAAAAGAUAAACAACAAAAUAUAAAAGAUGUAGAAGCAAGCGAAGAGGGAGAGAGACAAGUUACUCCAUAAAGCUGCGGCCGGCGAGCUUUUGCACUUCACCUAUCAUCAAUAAGCAAGAUCUCUAGGUUAGCUAUAAGAACAGCA